UGUUAACAGUGCAGCAGGACAUCUGAACAUACUUAGGAAAAUGACUCUUAGACCUACAAGCAUCCCAGACUACAGCAGCACUAUAUCAUAUGGAAACAAUAACAACACCAAUGAGACUCAUUGUCCAGAUCACGAACUAUGGGAGUGGCUCACUGCACACCAACCAGUGUAUAUUCUGCUCAUCACCGUGCUGGGAAUUAUGCUUAACAUGUUCGUUCUGACUGUCUUCUGCUUCCACAAGAAGGCGUGCACCAUAGCUGAAAUCUAUUUGAGCAACCUGGCUGCUGCUGACCUAGUCCUGGUGUCCUGUUUGCCCUUCUGGGCCGUCAACAUGCUCAAUGAUUUUAAAUGGCCUUUUGGUCAUUUCAUGUGCAAAGUUAUCAAUGUGGGAAUUAAGAUGAAUGCCUACUGCAGCAUAUACUUUCUUGUUCUGGUUAGCAUCGAUCGCUAUGUGGCGCUGGUACAUGCGAUGUCACAUGGAAGAAUGCGUAGUCCAAAAUAUGCUAAACUAGGGUGUCUGCUGACAUGGGGUUUUGGCUUGCUUCUGAGUAUACCCGUGUUCAUCUUCAGGGAAGUGGGAUAUUUCCCUGAAUAUGGUACUGUGUGCUAUCUAAACUAUCCAAACCACAACGUACACGUUAUCUGUGAUGGGAUAUUGAUCAUUUUUAGCUUUGUUAUUCCCAUUUCAAUUAUCUCCUUUUGCACUUUUAAUAUUAUUCAGGCUUUGAAAUUGCAAGCAAUUGAGAGGUUCAAUGCUGAAAACACAGAACGAAAGGCCACCAUUUUGGUCCUGGCAGUCCUUGUAGCCUUCCUAAUUUGCUGGGUGCCAUUCCAUGUAACCACCAUAGUGGAUGUGCUUUUACGAGGUGGGAUACUGGAAGGCUGUCACUUUGAAAAUGCUGUGGACAUCAGCAUCCAGAUCUUCACCUACUUAGCCUUCUUGAACAGCAUUCUUAACCCGAUCCUAUACGUUAUUGUAGGAAAGAACUUCCGGAAAAAAGUCCGAGAACUCUUCCAGCAGUGGGGCCACCGGAAGAAAACGUCAUCUGACUCCACACGUUCAAACCUGUCCUCUACAUUGAAAACUUCUGUGUAA